GAGCUGGUCCAGUGCUACCGCAGCAGCACAGCCGCGCAAUGUCAGUCGAAGUUUGUUCUGCUUCUCGUCUCGGUGGUUCUUUUCAUGAGGCGCGUUCUCGGAGCCAGUAUUAAAGGAGGACGAGUGUAGCUUUACCGCACAGAAGUUUCAUCAGCUCUUAUAAUCAGGCUGCGAGAAUGAACGAUAUCAAAGUUGCUGUUCUUGGAGGAGAGGGAGUCGGGAAAUCAGCACUCAUCGUUCGUUUCCUGACCAAACGGUUUAUUGGCGAGUACGCAUCAUCAUCAGAGUGCAUAUACAGAAAGCGUAUGUCUGUUGAUGGAAGGCAGCUGAAUCUUGAACUUUACGACCCAUGCUCUCAGCCCUGUGAAGGGAAGUCCACUCUGAAUGAGCAGAUCCACUGGGCCGACGGCUUCGUGGUCGUGUAUGACAUCAGCGACCGCUCUUCUUUCCUCGCGGCCACGGCCAUAGUGCACUUGAUCCGCGAGCUAAACCUGGGAGUAGCUAAAAGGGACUCAGAUUCGGUGGUGUUCUUAGUGGGUAAUAAGCAGGACCUGUGCCACAUGCGUGAGGUGGACAAGGAGGAAGGCCAAAGGGUGGCAUCAGAUGGCCGCUGCCAGUUCUACGAGCUCUCUGCUGCCGAGCACUACCAGGAGGUGGCGCUCAUGUUCUCGAAGAUGGUGCGCAACGCCAGCCUGGGUGGCAAAGCCAAGGAGCGCCGGCGUCGGCCCAGCGGCUCCAAGUCCAUGGCCAAACUCAUCAACAACGUGUUUGGCAAACGGCGGAAAUCUGUGUGAGAGCAGAACAAAUGAUGGACACUGAUGGUGCCAUGAACAUUAAAAGCCCUGUGAGGAGCUUCAUAUUGGGACGCAAGUAGCACCCAAUAGAGACUAAAGACCAGCUUCUGGCUACUGCAUGCCAAUUCCUUUAAAAUGUCAUAGCAGUACUGUGUUUCAGAUGGCCUGUGUGUGCUAAAGCGUUUCUGUGAAGUGCGCUUAAGUUGAGACUUAUCUGCUCUUUGCUAUAAAUGUCCCAACUGUGCACUCUAAAUGUUUAUUUGACCAUGUAUACAAUGUUGGAUGUAACAAUAAGGGCAAAUAUGCUCCUUUUGAUAUAUGAGGAAUGUCCAUAGAGGCUGUUGUAGGCCAAGUUCCAACUUUAAACAUGUCAAUUAGAGAUUAGAUAAAAGUGCUGUCUUUACAGUAUAAACUGCUUCAUGCAGGUUUACUAUAUAGACUGUUAUUCUUCAGUGAUUACAGAAAGGACAGAUUAACACAGCAUUCUGAAAGGUUUCAGCACUGUACUGUGAUUUCUCUCAGCUGACAUGUUUUGACCAGUCAUUGAUAUCGUCGAUAGAGUAGGUUUUUACAGUGUAAAGCAAUCUGUAAACUGUUGUGCAUUUCUGUUUGAAAUGCUGUCCCUUACCUAGAAUAAAAUGUAACCAGCUUUUCUCAGUGA